UGAACGAAAAUUGAUUGUGUGUACUUUUUAUUUUAUUUCUCCCUUGACGCUUUCCUGUGUGAGAAAUUGUGAGUGAGUCGCCGAGACUGUGUCUGUCUGUCUAUCAGUUUAUGAUUGUGGUUGCAAUGAUGCAACUUGAACGAUUUGUCACGUAGAUAUUUGGAAAAAAACAAAAAAACAAAUCAAAAUAAUCGCGCGGCGAAAAUAUACCAAGUGAUUGUCCGGCCUGGCCAUGAGAAAGAGAUUUAUCAGCUGAUUAGUGUUCAAUUGCCCAUUUUCGGUCAGAGAUUGUUUUCUGGGUAUUGUUUUUAAACGAUUCAGACUGUGAUUAAACCAAAGCAAACAACAAUAGCAGAAAAUAAAAUCGAUGAUUUGAUUAAAGCCCACAUAAGAACGACGUGAUUUAAUUGUAUUUUUUUUCCUCGGGUGUGAUACAGAACGGAUUAAAUUCUUCAAAACCAAGCAACAAACAAUCAGUUCAAAAAAACAAUCAUUUUCUGGAAACAGUCAGUUGUGACAAGAUCAAAGCACCGUAAAAAUGGAUAUCGGCGUCGAUUUGCAGCUACAAAUUUUCAUUUUGGCCGGAGUGUUUGCAUUCAUUUUUAUAAUCAUCAUCUUUUUCCUGGCCGGCAUUUGUGGUCAAAUAUCGAAAAUCAAGCGACAACAGCGUAAACUCCACUUCGAUAACAUGGGUCCAAUUACUGGAUACGAUAACUAUGCAUUUACGUCGCGCAACAUCCAGCCAGAUGAAGAGCUAGGCCGUCGUGGUUUCACCAUGUACGAUCCAUACCGAAAUAACAAUCAAACCGCUCCGAACGUUCAUCAAAACUCGAACACCGCCCAAUUAUCGAAGACAGUCGAACUAACACAGCAAAAUCAUGUGGCUGAAUUGGCGAUCACGGGUGAAGGAAGCCGUGAUGCAACAUCGGAUUAUUCAAUUGCAAACACCGAAACCGUCGUUAUGACCGGCAAUGAUGUUGAAAUGAAAAUUAAAACCACCUAUCCACCGGAGUUCCGUGGCGUUCCACCGCCGCCAGCAUUCGUCAAUCGCUUUGAUAUUGCCAACGAACCAAAUACAUCUAGCACCAAACCAACCGAAGAUCGUCAAUAAAUUCGAAUAAACCCAAAUUUUGGAAAGGAAAACAAAACCCAGUCAUGUUUCUUGUAAUAUUUUUUUUAGUAAUACAUUUUUAUUGAAAAUCGAAAUAUAUUUUUACCGGAAAAUAAAAAAAGGAAAAAAUUACAAUUGAAACCGUGAAACACAACAAUGAUAUCAUAGUGUCAACAAAUAAAUCACUAUAAAUCAUAUGAUUCACACGUAAUUUCAUUGUAAAUCAUUGUUUGUUUUUCUUCCACUUCGAGUAAGCUUGGCUAUUUCGAAAUAUUUUCACAAGAUGUCAUCACAAAUGCUGACCGUCCUCCAUUUGUUAGGCAAUUUCAUGAAUAUUCUUCAACAUCGACGAGAGUAGUGAAUGCACUUUGACACAUGAAACGUCACAUUAUUUUCUCAUUUCAGUCACACACAAACAAAAGACAUUCGAAGUUGAUUUCACAACCAAUUAUUGUUUAGAUCGCUAAAAGCAAGGUUUUUUUCUUUUUUUGUUUGUUUGUUUUUGACUUGUGUUCAAUAUUUUUAUCGAAGAAAAAACUGUUCCGAACAAUUUCGAAUUCAAGGAGUGAUCCGUUUCCAAAAUAAUAGCCAAACUAUUUGUCGUCUUACGUUUAAAAUCGUUCAGUAGCAAGUAGCCAAGAAGCAUCAAAAUGGGUAAAGCUGAGGCUGGCACGCCAAAGUAUUUGGCCAAUAAAAUGAAGGCGAAGGGAUUGCAAAAGUUGCGAUGGUACUGUCAGAUGUGUCAAAAACAGUGCCGUGACGAGAACGGUUUCAAGUGUCAUACGCAAAGUGAGUCGCAUCAACGCCAAUUGUUGCUUUUUGCCGACAAUUCCAACAAAUACAUCUACAGUUUCUCGAAGGAGUUUUCCGAUGGCUACGUAGAGCUGUUGCGUCGUCGUUUCGGCACAAAGCGUGUAUCGGCCAAUAAAAUCUAUCAGGAGUAUAUUGCCGAUAAGGAUCACUUGCACAUGAACGCUACGAAAUGGCUUACGCUAUCCGAUUAUGUGAAGCAUUUGGGCAGAGAGGGUGUUUGCACGGUGGAUGAAACGGAAAAGGGUUGGUUUGUUACGUAUAUCGAUCGCAGUCCCGAAGUAUUGGAGCGCCAAGCCAAAGCUGCACGCAAAGAGAAGCAAGAAAAAGACGAUGAAGAUCGCCACAUGGAGUACAUUCAAAAGCAAGUGGAAAAGAAUGCACAAAAAGCCAAAACCGUCGAAUACACCGAAAUGAAGCGUGAAAACGAGGAUGAGAAAAUCAAAUUGUCCAUCAAAACGAAUAAGGUGAAAGUUGAACUGCCAACCCAAAAUGGUUUGGAUGAGAAAAAACCAGCGGAAAGUGCUAAAUCAAAAGACGAUGCGGACAUUUUUGUCAAGCCAAGUACAAGCAUGGCGCCAAGCAAAAAGGUUGAAAGCAGUAGUAGCCGUAAGCGCAGCGCACUCGACGACAUCAUCAAAAUGGAAGAAACGAAAAAAGAGAAAAUCAAUCGUAAAGAUUAUUGGUUAGCCGAAGGUAUCGUUGUGAAAAUCAUUACGAAAUCUCUGGGCGACAAAUUUUACAAACAAAAAGGCGUUGUGCUGGAAGUUAUCGACCGAUAUGGUGGCAAAAUAAAACUGUUGGAUUCUGGUGAAAAAGUGAAAUUGGAUCAGGCACACUGCGAAACAGUCAUUCCAACGGUUGGAAAACUAGUUAAGGUAUUGAAUGGUGGAUAUCGCGGAUACACGGCCAUCCUAAAGGAAAUUGAUAUCGACAACUAUUGCGUUAGCAUCGAAAUUGCCUCUGGACUACUCAAAGGUCGGCUAGUACAUAACGUUCAAUAUGAAGAUAUUAGCAAAAUUCACUAUGAUUAAGAGGUUUUUUUUCUCUGUGAAAUAUUGAUUGUAACUGAUAGACGUAGGCGAGAUUUAAAUAAAAGAAAAUAACAAAAUAGGAAAUUAAAUUGUAAAAAGAUCGAGAAUUAUUUUGACGAAAAUAAAGAAAAAUAAAUGAAU